AGCGAUUUUUUUUACAGUGAGAAGAAAAGAACUUAUCCAGGAUGGACUCUACAAUCAAUAUGAUCAAGCAAAUAAGAUCUCAGCUUGAGGAGGACAGCAGGAUGGAAACACAUGAGAGGGUUAAGAGAAAGAGGGAGCAAAGCCCAGAGACAAACAACAAAAGACCCCACCAAAAGACAGAGCGAGCAAGGGAGAGGAGAAGGAGGAAGAGGGAGAGGAGGAGACAGAGGCUCUUGUAUGAGAAGAAGGAAGAGCAAAGGUGGAAAAGACCAAGAAGCAGCGACAGGGAUGAAGCAGAAGAAGGAGAAAGUGCCUGGAAGAGACCACACAUGGAUGAAGAAAGAUGUGAUCCACUGGACAUUUCCAGCUACAAUUUCCAUCAGGAGCUGGGCAAUGGAUCAUUUGGCAAUGUUAUGUUAGCAUCAUUGCCCGACAGAAAGAAUCCAGUGGCAAUUAAAAUCCUUAAGAAAGAGAACAUCGCGCUUAAAGACAGAUAUGAGACUGAAGUGAAGGUGAUGAAGCUGGCUUGGAAAUGUCCUUUCCUGUGCAACAUCCAUGCAGCAUUCCAAACACAGGUACAAUUAAGUGUCAUAUUGCAGUGA